AUGCCGCUUCAGCUUGGUUGAGUUGUAUAAUUUUUUAAAGAAAAUUGUGUUUUUUUUAUUGUUUUAAAUCGAUUCUAACACUGAGAGUAAUGUGUCCACCAACAAACAGUACCUCAUUUACUUAAUUCUUCGAAAAACUGUUGCUCGGACUUAAAACCAGAUAGAUAACCUCAAACGUAAACUUCAAAAUGGCAUCUGUAGAUGAAAUCGCCGACAUUGAUUGGGGUAAUGAACGUCUAUCCCGCGCCCAGCGUGCAGUCGAAGCCAACAUAUACGAUGUGGACUCUUGGUCAUUGCUAGUGAGAGAAGCCCAGGCCCGAAACAUCAACGAUGUCCGAACCAUGUAUGAGAAGUUGAUAACGGCAUUCCCGACCACAGGACGUUACUGGAAAAUAUACAUCGAACAGGAGAUGAAAGCGAGAAAUUUUGAAAGAGUCGAAAAGCUCUUCCAGAGGUGUCUGAUGAAGAUAUUAAACAUCGAACUCUGGAGGCUGUACCUGAACUACGUCAAGGAGACGAAGUGCAUGCUACCCACUUACAAGGAGAAAAUGGCGCAGGCCUACGACUUCGCCCUGGACAAGAUAGGUCUGGACAUCCACGCGUACCCAAUAUGGAACGACUACGUGACGUUUCUGAAGAGUGUCGAAGCCGUUGGUUCAUACGCCGAGAACCAGAAGAUAUCCGCAGUUCGAAAGAUCUAUCAGAGAGCGGUCAUAACGCCCAUAAUAGGCAUAGAGACGCUGUGGAAGGACUAUAUAGCCUUCGAGCAAAGCAUCAACCCGAUAAUCGCCGAAAGGAUGGCCAUGGAGCGUUCACGGGAGUACAUGAACGCGAGACGAGUCUCCAAGGAGCUGGAGACGGUCACCCGGGGACUCAACAGGAACAUGCCUGCGACGCCGCCCACCGUCGACCGCGAGGAGAUGAAACAAGUGGAGUUAUGGAAGAAGUACAUAUCGUGGGAGCGCGCGAACCCCCUCCGCUCCGAGGACACGGCGCUGGUGGCGCGGCGCGUGAUGUUCGCCAUCGAGCAGUGCCUGCUGUGUCUGGCGCACCACCCGGACGUGUGGCACCAGGCCGCGCAGUUCCUCGACCACUCCUCCAAGCUGCUGCAGGAGAAGGGGGACUCGAACGCGUCCCGGCUGUUCUCUGACGAGGCGGCGGCGGUGUACGAGCGCGCCACCAGCGGCCCCCUCAAGCACUCCACGCUGCUGCACUUCGCACACGCAGACUACGAGGAGAGCAGGCUGCACUACCACAAGGUGCACCAGGUCUACACGCGCUACCUGGACACAGAGGACAUCGACCCCACGUUGGCUUAUGUACAGUACAUGAAGUUCGCCAGGAGGGCGGAGGGAAUCAAGUCUGCGAGGACCGUCUUCAAGAGGGCCCGGGAGGAUCAGAGGUCCCGGUACCACGUGUUCGUGGCCGCCGCGCUCAUGGAGUACUACUGCUCCAAGGACAAGAACAUAGCCUUCAGGAUCUUCGAGCUCGGCCUCAAGAAGUUCUCCCACAUCCCGGAGUACGUGCUCUGCUACAUCGACUACCUGUCCCAUCUCAACGAGGACAACAACACGAGGGUUCUGUUCGAGCGGGUGCUGUCCUCGGGCAGCCUCAGGCCGGAGCACUCGGUGGACAUAUGGAACAGGUUUCUGGAGUUCGAGUCCAACAUCGGGGACCUGGUCAGCAUCGUCAAGGUCGAGAAGCGGCGGCAGGGCGUGCUCGAGAAGAUAAAAGAAUUCGAAGGCAAAGAGACGGCCCAGCUGGUGGACAGAUACAAGUUCCUCGACCUGUACCCCUGCAGCAUCGCCGAGCUGAAGUCUAUAGGGUACACUGAGGUGGCCUCCAUGUCGAACAAGUCGUGGGCCCUCGGGGGGCCGCUGGCGGGGAUCUCACCGGAGCUGGCGGCCGUCAUCCUGGGGCAGAGAGACAACGAUCCUAACAAAGACAUCGCGCGUCCGGACACCAACCAAAUGAUUCCGUACAAACCCAAGUCGAACCCACUACCCGGGGAGCACCCCAUACCAGGUGGGGCGUUUCCGCUGCCGUCGAGCGCGGCGCACGUGUGCACGCUGCUGCCGCCGCCCAACUGCUUCCGGGGCCCCUUCGUGGCGGUGGACCGGCUCAUGCAGCUCUUCAACAGGAUAUCGCUCCCGGAUAAAGUGCCGGCGCCCUCGGCGGAGAACGGCUGCGACACGCGGCUGUUCGAGAUGGCGCGCUCCGUGCACUGGCUGUUCGACGACGACGGCGUCACCGCCAUCUCCAAUAAGGUCCGGCGCAGGAAGCUGGGCGACGACUCUGACGACGACGAGCUGGGCACGGCGCCCCCGGUCAACGACAUAUACAGGCAGCGGCAGCAGAAGCGCGUCAAGUAGACGGCGCGUCGGAUUGUGAAAUGAACUUUGUAAAUAAAUGA